AUGCGCUACUUGCCAGGUCAGUACUCGAAGUCUUCUAUAUCUAUUUCGAACAUGUUUAGAGAGCAGUUGACCCCAGGGAGUAAUAAGAAGAAAAAGCCUCCAGAGGUCUCACAGCCUCUUGUCUAUCGAAUGAAUCUGGAAUGCAAAUAUCGAGAGCCUCAACCGACAAAGAAAGACAAGACCCUUGUUGAAAUAUUAGAGCGACUAAAAAGCCUUGAGGGAGGGCUAAGAAAUCUUGACGGGAAGGUCGAUAGCCUCAAUGUUCGAGGUACUCUUCCUCUAUCUAUAUAUGGCCCUAUUCAGCCCAAUCCUCCCGCGACACUAGGUGCUAGCCGGCCCGGUUCGUGGCCUGCCUCAAAUCUUCACAUUCAGAGCCCAGCAAUCUCUCCAGCAUCGCCUCGAGAUGUUCAAUAUGUUUCCGCCACUCAUAAAAUGCUAUCCUGGCCUGUAAUGCAACAAGUUCUCGAGAAUAAAGUGCCGAAUCUCGACCUAGGAAGUUUAGAAAAGGAUGGGGCGUCAAUGUUGUUGGGCCUACAAGGCCGGAGGAUGUCUCUACCAACCGAUAUAUACGAACCAUCCCACCUUGGUAGCGAAAGGGGGACUCUCCCGUUGCAAGUAUCUUCCAGAAGUCAGGUCGACGGGAUGCAGGGUAGUGGACUCAAUAUGAGCUGGGACUCGAUGCAGCGACUCGCCAAAGCGUACUUCGAUACAUUCAAUUUGUUAUAUCCGAUCAUGGACCGGCAUGUCUUUCAAACAGAAGACCUGCCAUCUAUCGCAAGUCACGGUUUUGAUGAUAGUAGCUCUUCGACGUUGGCGUGUUUGGUAUUUGCACUCGGCGAUGUUGCCAUUUCCGCUGUUCAGGGUGCUCCUAUUGGGACAUACAAAGGCCGCCCCAGUGGUAUCAGGGGAGGAACCGUGGAGAGGCCACCAGGAUUGCAGUUUUUCAACGAAGCCAGGAAACGAAUGGGAUUCAAUCUUACCGAGUGCAGUCUGGAGAAUGUGCAGAUGUUUUCAUUGGCAGCGUUUCUAAACAUGGAAUUAAAUCUCCCUCAAACUGGGCUCGAUAAACUCGAGGUAUUAGUUGGAUUACCAGACUUUAGUGGCUCAUUUUCCGAGGAGGAUUACAUUGGGAAUCAAGCGUCCCAUUUCCAAGAGCAUUUUGCGUCACAGAUCGUGCUUCGGAGACUUUCCGUGGAGUUUCAUACCACGCUGACCAAUGCCUUCGGCCCCACACAUCUUCCAGUCGAAUCGUCAGUAUCUCCAGCCGCCACGGUGAAACAAAUGGCCGCGCAGCUAGAUCAGUGGAGAGGACUACUACCUGUAUAUCUGCGCUGGGAGGAAGAGAACCCGGGCGCGUUCUCGGGUUCAGCGGAAGAUUUAUAUGACGACCAGUCGAUGUAUCCGCCCCCCAUCCCGGAUCUCCAUACCAACUUCAUGUUCACGGCAGACCUGGAUAAUACGCCAAUGAGUUACCCAUACAGCGCAGAUGUACAAGCCGCGAGCCUCCGGGCGCGGUAUUAUUAUGUCAAAUAUAUCAUCUAUCGGCCGUUCAUUUUCAAAGCCCUCCACCACCCGGAACACGUGACACGAGACGACGCCGAGGGCAUUGCGGAGUGUCUGAAGGCCAUGCUGAAGUGGCCCAUUACAAUGUCGCCCACCUGCUUCCACAAAAGGCUGAUUCCGUGCUUGUUCUUUUGGUCGCAGAACCUGCUCGGUAUCCUCCUCAUAUUGCACCUGACGCAACAAGUGCCCAUUCUAGUGCGCAUACGCACGUCGAUAAUGGGGAGUAAAUUCGACCAGGACGCCAAUGAGACGGCCGUGCUCUGCAUCGACUGGAUACGCGAUCUCAAGGACACGGACGCUACGGCCCUCUGGUGCUGGGAGAUACUGAAAGGCAUCUAUUCACUAGAGGACACGUGA